UUGUAUCCAUCAGCGUUGAAUAUCUUUAUUACUUUUCUUUCAGUGACUACGAAACGCGUAUAAAUUUUCGUGAGCAGUGAAAGUAAUCGAAGUCUGAAACUUCCUCGCAUGUUUCACGAGAAAUGUUUCCGAAAUCUGCUCGAUCGAUCAGUGUGUCUACGUGUAACGCUUUCGUGAUAAAUUUAAUUUAGUGUCGUUUUCGCAACGAUAGAAUCGACGAAAUUUUAUAUAACGUUAGAGUAACGUUAGUUUCAUAUCAAACUUUCUUAUUCUAUCUUAUACUAAUUGUUAUUAUUUUCAACUUAGAUUCCGCCAUCUGUUACAGAUCAGUAGUUUAUUCAGUGUAAGAUUACUAAGAUGUGUAAGACAGAAUUAAAAAUUGAAUAAAGAAUGCAAUAAAACAAGAGCAAAAAUUAUAGGAGGAUUAUAUAAGAAAAAUAGGAGGAAAAAGUAUGAGGGAUCUCCUUCGUAAACCAAUAAAUGAUCUAAUAUUAUUUAGUAUAUAUUCGCUUAUCGUCCGAUUAAAUUUAUAAGGAAUUAUUUAAACGAGAUAUGAUUAAAUAGAAAUGCAAGUUUACGACAUGUCGUAACGAUAUAAUGUAUACCUGGAUUUCGAAACAUUCGAAGAACAUAAUGAUCAUUUGUAAAGAUCGCGGUAAUUUUAAUUUUUCUGCAAAGAAUAGCGAAGGACGUCGAAGUGAGAGUACGAUGGAAAAAAGAGGAAGAAGAUGAACAGCGGCGAUGGCAAGAGAGAAAGAAGGAGACUAAAAGCGCGUGGCCCCUCCGAUCAAUCUCGAUUCUAGACGGUUAUCCGCAUCUAUGAAAAUGAAACGAAAGUGGGGAAGAAACAUUGGACGUAGUGGGGAACCAACGGGGUAUACACCGUGGCGAGUUGCCGAAGAGCUGCAGUGUUUCGCGACGGAGACACCAUUUCGAAGGGAAACCAAAAAGUAUAGAUAUUAUCACAUCUCAGUGACCAGUGUAUAGAAUAAACUUUGCUAGAUUGUCUUCACCCGAGUUGAGAGAAUAAAGGAUAAAAAUAUGGUCGGAGCGUCUUUUCUAACGAUAUUGGCUAUGAUUGCCAUAGCGCACGGUGCAUUCAACUGCCCGAGUAAAGAUGGCCAGUAUGAGGAUUCAAAGCAGUGCGACAAAUACUAUGAAUGCAUCGAUGGCAUUGCCACGGAGAAGCUUUGUCCAGAUGGACUGGUUUUUGAUCCGCUCAACCGUAAAGUGAACAAAUGCGAUCAUGUAUUCAACGUUGAUUGUGGAGAUCGUCUUGAAUUACAACCACCUCAACCGACCAAGAAGUGUCCGCGAAGAAACGGUUUCUUCGCUCAUCCAGAUCCGUCUGUUUGUAAUAUCUUUUACAAUUGCAUUGACGGCGAAGCUAUCGAAAUUACGUGUACCACUGGACUGCACUUCGAUGAAUAUAGUGGCACGUGUGUAUGGCCUGACAGCGCUGGUCGAGAAGGAUGUGGAGUAGUAGACAAGAAGUUGAAAGAUGGUUUCGAAUGUCCGAAAGAAAGUCAGGUCGACACUAGAGGAAUGGUUGUCGAUCAUCCUAAAUUUGCCCAUCCAGACGAUUGUCAGAAGUUUUAUGUUUGCUUGAAUGGAGUAACGCCACGUGAACAAGGUUGUAGCGAUGGAACUGUUUAUAAUGAGGAACAGCAAAGAUGCGAUGCACCUGAAAAUGUCCCCGGCUGUGAGGAUUGGUACAAGGACGAUGACAAGAAACCAUAAAAAAUCUUCUGAAUUUAUAUGUCCCGCAUCGGGAUCUUGGUAUCAUCAUAAAAUCACAUCAUCCUUGUUUAGUGGGUAAUCACGUGUGUGAUUAGACAUUUGAAUGUUCAUAAUUAAUAAAUUUUGUUUCAUUUUAUUCAUGUUA